GCCCCUUCUCUGCGCGAGCUGCUGCCAGUUCCGUGUCGGCCGCGAGUUUACUAGCCACGUACUGCCUGCACGCGCUCAAUCCGCCGUCGGGCUGCAACGAUCUGACUCUCUCUGGCUUUUGGAAACCCCUUUUUCCAGUCUCCAUUAACGGCCCAGCACAAAACGAGGCGAGGCGAUUAGUAACGGGUGACUCUAUCAACAGUAAUGUCUUCAGAUCGGAGUUACAGCUGCCUCAAAACCGAGGCGAUGACAAAAUCACAUUGGCAACCCUGUGCUGGUGCACAUGAAGAGCUGUGACUCUAGCUUACGAUCUCCUGACCUCUGUGACCUUUGAGUCAAGAUGGCGACCCACCGAAAGCACCUGGUCCGAGAAUUCAACCGAUACAUCACCUGCUCAAUUUGCCGUGGGUACCUGAUAAAGCCCACUGCUGUCACAGAAUGCCUGCACACUUUUUGUAAGAGUUGUAUCGUUCAGCACUUUGAGGAGAGUAAUGAGUGUCCGGAAUGUGGGAUACAAGUCCAUGAAACCAACCCUUUAGAGAUGCUGAGGCUAGAUAAGACCCUGGAGGAGAUCAUCUUCAAGUUGGUGCCUGGACUAAGAGAGAAGGAGGAACAACAGGAAAGUGAUUUCUGGAGAAAAAAUAAGAUCAAAUCAAAUGGAGAAGAUGGCCCUAGGGCUAAGAAAGCUCGCCUGAGUGAUGAAGAGGACGAUGAUGGGAAAGGUGGAGACUAUCACAGGAGUGAUCCUCAGAUCGCUAUUUGUCUGGACUGUCUACGAAACAAUGGCCAAUCAGGAGAAAGCAUAGUUAAGGGUUUAAUGAAGAAAUUCAUCCGUUGCUCCACCCGUGUUACGGUGGGAACCAUUAAGAAGUUCCUUUGUGUAAAACUGAAGCUGCCAAGCUCUUAUGAGCUCGAUGUUUUGUGUAAUGGAGAGAUCAUGGGCAAAGACCACACCCUGGAAUUCAUCUACCGCACUCGCUGGAGACUUCAGGGUGACAGCGCUUAUCCUAUGGUUCUCGAGUACCGUCCAAGGAUCGACUUUGGUUAAACAGCACUUACAGCUUUGCGGAAAUCUCAUGCAGACUGAUGUCAAGAGAUGAACAAAAAGCAGAAAAACUGAAUGAUUGUGCCUCCGUUGAAAGACAACAACACAAAGCCCCAUGACUGACAGGACUGCUCUCCUCUUCCUGUGCACUGCUUCAGCCUCUACUCCUCCAUUCCUCCCUCCUUCAUGUUCCUGUUUGACAGUUGUGGCUCCGCCCACUGGCACUGUAUCAAGUUUGAUGAUUAUAUUCUUCCAAAGCUUUCACUGCAUGUUGUCUCUAUGACGACGCCUUAGCGUAGAGCGGCCCAUUGGGAUUAUCUGAUAGCAAUCUAGCACAGACAGUAAGCAAAAACUGCGCCCGGCCAGGUGACAGGAGUGAGGGGAAAUGGAGACAUUUUUAAGAAGAAGUCUCUCUAGAUUUUAGAUCAUUUUAUUAGGUGUUUUUAUCUAAGAUUUUGCACUAGAGGCAAAUCCAAAUGUCUCACUAUACUAUUGCUGUUCUGUGUUUUUCACUUAGACUCUCUCUCUCUCUCUCUUUUCUUUUAGUUACUUUUCUCUCUUGCUCUCACCGCCCACAUUGUCCCUCAUAAAUUCAGCGACUCUUUUUCAUGUCAUCAUUCUCUCUCCCUUUCAUUCGCUCACACAAACUCGCUCUCUCUUUCCAUCUUCCCUCACACUCUCUCAUUUUUCUCCAAUGGUGUUUUUGGCUCUGGUCUGAAGUAUUGAUGGAUCUCAUUCAGUUGGAAUUGAAUGAGAGCGCUGUAGAUGUCCCAAAAUAACAGCACUGAAAGGCACUCUGGGUAAGCGUUUUUCUUUCACAUCGAGCUAAGGCCAAAUCUUAUAUUCGUCCAAACCAGAUCAUUAUCUUAAUAGAAUUGAUCUAACAUUAACUGACGCCAGAUAUGCUUAAUGCCGUAAUUGACUGAGAAAUCUCAUCUUAAAAAAAACAGUUGAAUGGGGAAUGACUGACGUGUGCCAGCUGCAUCUCUCUAAGAGCAGCUUUGGCUCACAGGCUGUUGGUUGUAAACAUUCUGUUUAAUCAGAAAUAUAUUUAAUUGAGAUCAAACAAUCAAAUUGACAUCAACAAAUGUUUGAAUUUUGGUCCCACUUUAUAUUCGGUGGCCUUAACUGUACUUUAAAUUUUAAUUAAUCAUUUGAUAAAAUGCACUUAUUUUGUAAGUUUUUACGUUGUACUUAUAUUUAAACAAAUUACCUGCAUGUAAUUACAUCUGUAAUUACAUUUAUAAUUACAUCAUUGAACAACCCUUAUACCUUAACCCACCCUUAAGGCCACCUAAAGUGGGACCUGAAUUUUAAAAGAAACAUCCAGAUUGUUAAUAAUACACGCUUUACAGUGUAUUUUGAGUGUCGUGUGGAAAAACAAGUGUGCAAGGGACAACCAAUAAUACAUUUGGUUAACCCUACUUUCACAAAAUGUAAGAAAAGUCCAAAUCUGGUAUUUCUCUAUGUGCUUCUCUACUACGCAGCAUUUAUCAAGUCAUGGACAUGUUUGUGAGGAGAGUUUGAGAUUCAAUCAUCACAUUGUUUUAAAUACUGUAGUUAAGAGUGAUAUUUUGGAGAAUUAGCUCAGAUAAGGUCAUAGGUUAAGUUCGUUUACAUGACAAUGUUAAUCUUUAAUGUAUGUGUAGUAGCCUAUGAAAGGAAUAUUCCAUUUGAACUCAUAAUUACACAAGAAAUAAGUGAACACCAAACUGCAAAAAAGUUGCCAAAACUAUUUUAUGCACAUUCCCAGAAUGCUUUUUGAGAAUUAAGGGUUCAAAACAUGGAGUUUUGCCAAUCCAGAUUAUAUUCCAUUGAAAAUCUUAUGUGAAGGUACUUAAUGUAGAACAUGAUUGCAGGAAUCAUUAUGUGAUUAAUCAUUAUUUGUUUUGGAUCAUCUCAGGGGAUGACAAUUGGUGAAAUGAGGGUUUGUUGUUCGUUGUUCUCCACUUCAGCUUUGGAAUCAAGGAAUCAUAACAAUGGGUUUUAGAAAGUCACUGCAGUGCUCAAUACGGUUAAUCAAAAGAUGCAUAUAGAAUAAAAAUGACAUUUGAAUUUCUCGGCUACAUCGUUUUCAUGGGGUUGUACCCAUAUGUACCAAUAGUGGAAAUAAAGUUGUCCAAAUGCUUCUUAUGAUAAGCUAAACCUUCAUGUUAUACCAACAUGAUCUAUUGUACUGAAUCUUAAAAAUCAACAGCACUCUGUCAGUUCAGUAGAAAUCUUGAUGUUGUUGUUUAGGACAAAGGCCACUGGCUGCUCUCCAAAAUCCAAUUUCCUCCCCACUAAGAAAACAUGCAAAUCAAAUAUGAAGUGUCUUUGAGCUCUGAUAAUAAAUAUAAUGUAUUUUUGUAUGUUGAAGCACUUAUGUAUAUUUGAACCUAUAAUCAAAAGAUUUUAUGUCAAUGCUUGUCUUUUCCUAAUAGAUGAUGCUGCUUGGGGUAAUUUAUUCUUUUUUUUAUACGUCCCACUGCCUGCUAUAUGUGUUCCCCAUGUAAAUGUUCGUACUGUUCAUGAAAAUCUUUAUAAUGCUGUUCAUGACCUAUUGUUAUUUAAUUAAUGAACAUUAAAAUAUGAAAAAUA